UGCCAGAGUCGCUGUGAUUUCUUCCGGGUUCCUCGCGCACUUUGUUUUGUUUGGGUGUAUCAGCUCAACAUGACAGAAACUCCCCGCGUGCGGCUCUAGAAACUGCUUUUCUCCAACUUAAAUGUCGGCUCGGCUUCAAAAUAAGAUGUUUUCUGGGUUUUGACACACCACUGUAGCUCGGUAACGGCGGACAAGCGACUUGAACGUGACUUCCUCCUCAACCGAGACACCUGUUGCUCCAGUUUCGACGGACAGGUGCAACUUUCUCCGCGUCCAACCGGGAGCAGCUCCGGACUCGAGACACUACCGACACUUGGAUACAUUUUAUUUUAUUUUUUAAAACCCACACAAGAAUUUACAGCUACUAUGAAAGUGACAGUGACUUUCGGGGGCACGGCCGUGGUGGUUCCCUGUAAAGCUGGAUGGACCGUCCGGGAUUUAACCGACCAAGCCACGCGGAGAUACCGCAGGAUAUUGGAGCAGCAUGGGGAGACUGAAGUGAAGACCCACCACUUGGAGUACCUCGAAGGAGGGAUCCUGGACAUGGACGACCUGCUGAGUGAUCUAGUGGAAGACAGAGACAAGCUGGUGGCCGUGUUCGACGAAGCCCAGCUGGGGAGGGCGGACAGUCCCAGAGAGAUCAUGUCCAACGGCUUCUCCAGCGACGCCCCCAGCCCCGAACUCCUCCACUACCAUCCCCACCUGCAGUACCAGGAGCCAACCAGAGGAGAGAUUGAAGUCAACGAGGCCAUCCUCAAAGCCAACACGCCUCUAUUGGUGAGGAGCAGCAGUGACUCGGCCUUGGCCCCGCCCCAUGAGAUGACCGUCACGCCCCCACCUGAUGACCGUAGCAACUGGUCUCCUGAACCGGAAAUCAACAAUGUGCUGAAAGGAGCUUUGGACCGACUGCACACAGACGACCCCCCUGCCAAGAUGAGCAAAGUUAACUUCAGCACCCUGACAAGGACUGUGGAGUUUCCAGGUGACUGGGGACCCCUCGGUAUCCACGUGGUCCCCUACUGCUCGUCUCUCAGCGGACGGACCCUGGGCCUCCACAUUAAAGGCAUCGAGGAAAACAGCCGCGCCAAGAAAGAGAACAUCUUCAAGGUGGACGAGUGUAUUGUCCAAAUCAACGACACGCCACUCCAGGACAAGACCUUUGCACAGUCACAGGAAGUGUUCCGCCAGGCCAUGUCCACCUCUUCCGUUCGCCUGGAGGUCCUCCCCAUGGCCAGCAAGCCGCGCUACGAGAAGAGCCUGAUUGGUCAGCUCUUUACCGGCGACGGCAAAGACACCCCCACAAAGAGUCCGAUGGUGACCCGCGCUAAAACCGAACCCCAGCCGGAACCCAAACAAGAUACCAAAUGGAACACAAAACUGGAAGUGAGGCGACCGGAGGCGCGCACCAGGACCCCAGAGCCAGCUGCGGUCAACAUGCCACCAGUGGAGCUCCAGUCUGGGCAUGGCUCCUUGGAAAGAGUCUCCCCCGCGCCUCUAGCCAGUGCAGCGAGCUCCUCCCCGACACCCAGGACCCGCAGCCAGAGCCCCCUGGCCAGCAGGAGCCCUGUUCCGCCAACCCUGGCCAACCUUACCAGCAGGAAGGGCGGCAAGAAGAUAAAAAUUGAUCUGAAGAAAGGCACAGAGGGUCUGGGCUUCACCGUGGUAACCCGGGAUUCCUCGGUCCACGGGCCAGGGCCAAUCCUGGUGAAGAACAUCCUGCAGCGCGGCGCAGCAGUCAAAGAUGGCCGCCUGCAGCCCGGAGACCGCAUCCUGGAGGUGAACGGAGUAGACAUGACAGGCCGCAGCCAGGAGGAACUGGUGGCCAUGCUGCGCAGCACCAAGCAGGGAGAGAGUGUGUGUAUGGUGGUGGCACGGCAGGAGGACAUCUUCCUGCCUCGGGAACUGAAAGGCGAAGAGGCCGGCAGCGUGGUGUUGGAGGACGGCAGGGAGCAGCUGAUGUACGAGAUCCCCCUCAACGAAACGGGUUCGGCCGGCCUGGGGGUCAGCCUGAAGGGCAACAAGUCCAGAGAGACCGGGGAGGACCUGGGCAUCUUCAUCAAGUCCAUCAUCCACGGAGGGGCCGCUUACAAGGACGGUCGGUUGAGCGUCAACGACCAGAUGAUAGCAGUAAACGGUGAGUCGCUGAUCGGGCGCUCCAACCACGCCGCCAUGGAGACGCUGAGACGCUCCAUGUCGUCGGAGGGAAACUACAGGGGCACCAUCCAGCUCGUAGUGCUCCGAGCACCCAGACAGAUGGGUGGGGCCAACCCUGCACCCAGCACAGCCACAAACGGGUCUGCCGCCUAUCAACCGAACACCCAAACGGGCUCCAGCAAUCAGGAGCCUUGGGGCCACAACGCACACCAGGGGCCCUCAGGACCCUCCAGAGCCCCAAACGCGGAGCCCACCGCGAACGGCGCCGGCCACGCUCCAGCAACGACCAACCACUAUGCCGACUCUGGAAGUGCACCGCAUCCCGCUGCGGUCGCCAAUGGCAGCUACGGUCACUACGGCAACGACGACGAGGAGUCGGGAGAAGGUUUUCCCCCGCCGCCCUCCCCCGGCGCCGUGGAGGAAAUGAAUAGAGACUUGCUACGAACUCCCCCACACCACAGUGAGCUUCAGAGGCCGCCCCACAUGGUCGCAGACUACUACGCAGACAGCCGACUGGCCAACGACAGGGACAACGUACCUCGCAACAGAGCGUCCAAGAGCAUGGACCUGGUGGCUGACGAGAGCAACAUGGGAUCCCUGGUCUGGCAGAGGACUGAGCCUUCAGCCGGCGGAGCGCUGGGCCCGACCCUGGGCCUCUGGAAGUCCAGCUCCCUGGAGAGUCUCCAGACGGCUGUGUCGGAGGCCAAGCAGAGUCGCGUCCAAGCCCAGGUGCCGUUUCACCGCCCGCGGCCGCACAUGGUCCGUGGUCGGGGAUGCAACCAGAGUUUCCGCACCGCCAUCGACAAAUCCUACGAUGGACCUUCUGAAGAUGACGACGACCUGUCAGAGCACAGCUCCGGUCACGAAACGCCCGUCAGCAGCUCCUCUCGCCAGGACCUGGACGCAGAGGACGGGAAGAAGAAGAAGAAAACCAAACCGAAGAAGAAGGAGAAAAAGAGCAAAGGGAAGAAGAAAACAGAUGAUUCUGCCGAGGAUCUGGAGAAGAAGACCAAAAAGAAAGGAUUUGGCCUCUUAAGGUUUGGUAAGAAGAAAGAUGACAAGAGCAAAGAUGCUGCCAAAGCCUCCAAAAACAAACUGGAGGCCUUAAGUGAAGAGGAGCUGGACAGGAUUCCUGACAACAGAGACGGCUACGAUCCGCGCUACGCCGAUACCCGCUCCGGCCACGUCACCCCAGCCUCCCUCCCCGACAUGGACGACGACGACAGCGACCCCAACUACGCCCGCAUCAACAACUUCCGCCAGCAGCAGCAGCCGUCGCCGCCGUCAUACAUCAGUCGCACUCCCUCCCCCGCAGCGCUGAUAGGGGGUCCUAACCUGCCACAGGCCUACUCCGAGGAGCUGGAUGGGCUAUACGCCAAGGUCAACAAGCACAGACCCCCGCCCCAGCAUCAAACACCGGCAGACGGUGAUCGUCUCCAGGGGUUGCGCAGGGAGUACCAGCAGGCCCGAGCCGCUCCAGGCUACGAGGAGCUUGACGCUGCACGACGCCGAGUCCUGGACCAUGACCCAAACCGGAUGGCGCCCAGAGAAUCUCGACCUGUGCACCACUACGCAGAGGUGGACCGACAGUACCACACACAACCCAGGAGGGAUCCAUAUGAUUACCCCACCCACUCCAGACCCGUGCCAAGAGAGCCGGCUCCCUACUCCUACCACGACCCUCCUGCUUCCAGCCACCCCGGCCGCAUGCCGCUCCCCCAGGCGGGCACGCAGCCCCACCAGGCGCCCAGCAACCAGCGCUACUACCCCUCGUCCCCCCAAGCAGGGCAGCAGCAACGUGCACCGGUAAGGCAGGACAUGCCCCCUUCGCCCACCGCCGGGCGCAGAGGGCGGCACUACUACGAAGCCGCCGGGCGAGGGGACGGAUACCGGCAGGCCAGUCCCGGCCGCUACACCAGCCCCGAGCGCUACGGCUACGGAGACGACAGACAGCCUGACCCGAGACGAAAGAACCCCCUGAUAGGUGCGGUGUAAAAGGUAGUCCUGAGUACCAGACCUCUCUCACCUAACCCCCAAAAGUGCGGUGAAGUUGAAUCAGACUACAAAGGAUAUAAAUAACUCCAAAUUCAUGUUUCCAGAUUUGUGAAACAUAAUCAGCAGUCACCCAGGCUGCCAAUGUGGAUAAGUGAGAUUUUGCCAUAUUAAUUUAUCUGAUCAGGAAAGCUGAAAGCAAUAAGUGACAAGCUGCGAGGCUAAAAUAAGGCUUAUUUUCAGAACCAUCUGGUCAUAACUGACUCCACAGGCCAAGACAGAUUUAACAAGCAUUAAGGUCUCAUAUGUACAUAUAUAUACAUGUUCUCUCUGCUGCUGUACAUUUGCAAGUGUGCCAAUGUUUAUAAAAAACAGGAUCUUAUUUUGAAAUAGAUUUUAUAAUGUAGACUUUAAAUUGAAUUAAGGGCAAUUCAAUGAAUUACACAGAUAUAUAGAAUCAACUCUAUUCCAGCUAACUUUUUUUUGCACAAGCUGAUCAAACUGAAGGAAAUAAAGAGGGAUCACCUUGACCAGCCGGACUGUUAUGUCAAAGGACACACAGGAAGUCAAAAUCGACAAACAGGAAAAGGGAAGUACCCCCCCUUCAAAGUAUCUUCUUGUCCUUGAUGUUUUGUCGCUCGGACUUCCUUUACAUCCUGCUGUCACACUUUGCUGUUUUUUUUAUAUUUUUGCCUUUUGAUUAUCUGGAUGUGGUUCAAACCUUUUACUGUACAUUUGUAAUGCAAAUUAGUUCAUUUGUGAUAUUUUUGUGGUGCUCCAAUAAAAUCUAGCAAACACAGACAUAAAGGUAAGCUGUGUGACACUGAAGCAAAUAAAGAGCUUAAUGAAACUUUUUAUCCUUCAACAUAUCAUUGCUAAAUGUCGCUGCACUGUAAACUCACUAAAUGUGUCAUUGAUGGUUUGAUUCAAACAAAUUUGAUGUCAAAUAAAUGCGUGAUUUUUUUUAUACAAAUAUUUUGCAUUAAAUGUUUUGAAAUUG